AUGGAGCGCUUCGCCAGCUCCGGGACCCAGACGGAUGCCGUGGUGGUGCUGUCCCUGGCCCAGGCGGCCGUCCUGGGCUUGGUGUCCGAGCAUGAGUUUUUUGGUGCCACGGUCAGUCCAGGGGGCCUUUUCUCCAGUUUCCCGAGCAAGCUGGACGAGGCAGGGGCCACGGAGCCCCGGGAGCCUGAGGGCAGGGGCCUGGCCGAGGCCACCGAGGAGGAGGGCCUGGACGCAGAGGCCUCCUUCGGGAAGCAUGCCCGGCGCCGGAAGCGGCCCCCCGUGAGGCUGGUGCCAAAGGUGAAGCACGAGAAGGGGGAGGCGCUCCAGGAAGAGGCAGGCACCGAGACGGCGGCCCCAGCAGAGGAGGUGGUCGGCGGGUGCCCCGGGGCUCCGGAGAGGCCCGGUGGGGAGCAGACAGUGCAGAGCAGUGCCACCAAGAUGAUCGACCUCAGCACCUUCAACCGGAAGUCCCGCCGCCUGCGAGCCCUGCAGAGGCCGGACGCGUGCCUGGGGGCCGACGAGGCGGCUCUGCCCAGCCCGCUGCAGGGCAGCCCCGACGGUGCCCAGGGCCACGCCGAGGCCUUUCCCCGGGACUGCCGCUUCCAGGGCGGGGCGCUGCCCCGGGGCAAGGGGCCGGGGCAGGGCCCGGGCGAGGCCGGCUGCGUGUGGCCAGAGGCUGCGGAUUUCGAGGCCGAGGCGGCGCCCACCGAGCACAGCAAGAAGGUGCAGCUGGACCGGCUGGACAUCAACGUGCAGAUCGACGACUCGUACCUGGUGGAGAAGCGCUGGCAGUGCCGGCUGUGCGAGAAGUCCUACACCUCCAAGUACAACCUGGUGACGCACAUCCUGGGGCACAACGGUGUGAAGCCCCACUCCUGCCCGCACUGCGGCAAGCUCUUCAAGCAGCCCAGCCACCUGCAGACCCACCUGCUCACCCACCAGGGCACGCGGCCCCACAAGUGCCAGGUGUGCCACAAGGCCUUCACGCAGACCAGCCACCUCAAGCGCCACAUGCUGCUGCACUCGGACAUCAAGCCGUACAGCUGCCGCUUCUGCGGGCGCGGCUUCGCCUACCCGAGCGAGCUGCGGGCCCACGAGGGCAAGCACGAGAGCGGCCGCUGCCACGUCUGCGUGGAGUGCGGCCUGGACUUCCCCACGCUGGCCCAGCUCAAGCGCCACCUGGCCACGCACCAGGGGCCCACCCUGUACCCGUGCCCGGAGUGCAGCAAGGCCUUCCACUACCGCAGCCAGCUGCAGAACCACCUGCUCAAGCACCAGAACGUGCGGCCCUUCGUCUGCACCGAGUGCGGCAUGGAGUUCAGCCAGGUCCACCACCUCAAGCAGCACUCGCUGACCCACAAGGGAGUGAAAGAGUUCAAGUGCGAGGUGUGCGGGCGCGAGUUCACGCUGCAGGCGAACAUGAAGCGGCACAUGCUGAUCCACACCAGCGUGCGCCCCUACCAGUGCCACAUCUGCUUCAAGACCUUCGUCCAGAAGCAGACGCUCAAGACGCACAUGAUCGUGCACUCGCCCGUCAAGCCCUUCAAGUGCAAGGUGUGCGGAAAGUCCUUCAACCGCAUGUACAACCUCCUGGGCCACAUGCACCUGCACGCAGGCAGCAAGCCCUUCAAGUGCCCCUACUGCUCCAGCAAGUUCAACCUGAAGGGCAACCUCAGCCGGCACAUGAAGGUCAAGCACGGCGUGAUGGACGUCAGCCUGGACUGCCAAGACCCCAUGCUGGAGCUGGCCAGUGCCGGGCACGUGGAGCUGGAAGGCCCGCAGGAGGCCGAGGACUACGAGGAGGAGCACGCCUACAACUACGGGGUGGUGGGCAGCGCCCCGGCCUCGGCCCUGGCGGAGCAAGCCAUGAAGGAGAUGGCCUACUACAGCAUGUUGUAGC